AUGGCCAUGGCCGGCUUUCCCAACUACCUGGAAGAAAAAGAGAAAUGGCUCCACUUUCUGCGCAACCAUGUCGACUCGCUCUCGGGCGCGCGCAAGUACGAAGACAUGCUCCAAGAGGUCGCUGACCGCCAGCGCACGACCAUCACGAUCGCGCUCGACGACGUCCUCUCGUUUGAGAACGAUGAGGACUUUGUGCGCAACGUCAUGCGCAACACGCACGUCUCGCUCUUCUCGGAUGCGGUCGACGACGUCCUCCGCCUCCACCGCGUGCAAGAGGCGGCGACCGAGAACGACGCGCCCGUCGACCUUGCGACCGUCUUUCCGCCGACACUCAUGCGCCGCUUUGAGCUCCAACUUGUGCCCGGCGUCAAGACCAAGCCGGUCCCGAUCCGCGAGGUGAAGGCGUCGAAAGUGGGCAGCUUCGUGCGCAUCAAGGGCACGGUGGCGCGUGUCUCGAACGUCAAGCCACUCGUCAUCGUCGCGACGUACACGUGCGAAGUGUGCUCGUUUGAAGUCUACCAAGAGAUCAAGUCGCGCGAUUUCAACCCGCUCGUGCGUCAACACGACCAACGGGCGCCUCCUCUGUGUCAAAAAGUCACGUUGCAAGAACUACCGGACCAAGUGCCCAUGGUCCACAUUCCCCGGCCGUUCACCGUAUACCUCCGCGGCGAGCUCACCCGGUCGUGCGAGUUUCAAAACGACCUCUCGAGCGAGAAAUAG